AUGCCUGCAGAGAAGAGGAGGAAGACUGAGGCCCUAGCGAUAGUGCCGGAGCGUGGUGACCCGGGCCAAAGGCGCCGGGAUAAGAUUGCUUCCUUGGAGGCCCGAGUAAACGAGCAGAAUGGCAGCCAGUCUCACAUUGAGCUGGAUGUCGCACCGUCUCUGGAGACUGCAGCUAACUCUGGACUCUCGACUGUCAGCCCUAAGGAUAUUUUAAAUGUCGAAGAGCACAAUGUUUCCUCUUUUGAUGGUGCUGUUUCAGCGUUCGAUGCCGUUGAUGUUGACUUUUCCCUAUCUGGCGACUUUGAUAUCCAAAACCAACAAACGUCCCUCUCUGUAUCCAUAAUUCCAGACAACCUGACUACAAGUCCAUUACCGAUUACCAAUACUCCUGCGUCCUCCAACACCUUCGCAGGCCCCGAUUCCCAACCCUCACCCUUCACCUUCCCACUAACCCCAGACGUAAACAUCGACGUACCCAUAAUGGCUACCAUUUGA